AUGGCUGCGCCCAUGGAAAGUCAAGAUUCUGAUGAUUUCUUUUAUUCGUCGAUGAAACUAUAUAAAACUUUGCAUAUGUUUGAGCUGCAAAAUCCACCACAAACUCUCCAGCCAGUUGAUGAAAAUUGCAUUUGUGUUACAACUUUUGAUGAAUUCACAAGGCAAAGUGAGAUCCUUGAGCUUUCUAUUCCAGAAAAGUUAUUACAUGACAAAGAAGAUGGCUUAUGUAAUGACAGAGAUUUCAAGGUGAUCAGUGGUGGUUUCCAUGGAGAUAGGAUAACUGCACUUUGUCACAUUCCAGAUACAAGAUACAUUCUCUCUAAUGAGCAGAGCAGUAAUACUAUGAUACUUUGGCGUUUAGGCCAGGAGACAGGAGAUGUUAUUAAUGAAGACUUUACAUUCAGGAAUCCUCAUCCAUACAGACAAAGACCAUCGGAUAUUGCUGUGAACCACUACAAGGAAAAUGAAGCUGUAUUUGGAAGUCGAUUGGCUGACAUUACUAUCGCAGACUUAGAAACUCAAAGUAUUUCCUUGGCAAUGAGUAAGGAAGGGUAUAUCCAGGAUCAAAAACUAGGUGGUCAUGGUGAACCAGUUGAAUACAUCAGUGGCUUGGAAUUUCUCAGCAAUUCCACCAUAGCAACAUGUUGCUUAGCAACUGGUAAUAUUGUAGUAUUGGAUACUAGAGACAAGCUCAAAAUUAAACAAACAAUAAACAGUAACAUUUCAAACAAAUAUUGGGCGUUCGGAGUGUCAAGGAACUGCACAAUCACAUCUGGUUCCCAUAGUAAUGGUAACCCUGGUGAUGCAAAUAUAAUUGCAAGGAUUGCAAACAAUGGCAAACUACUGCUUAAUGAUUUAAGAUAUUGUUCUUCUGAUGUUGACUCAUUUGAAACUGGAUUGAACACUGAAUGGGGUGACUUGCUCAAUAUUAAGUUCAAACCUGGAUCUCUCCACACUAUUUCGCUGUCUGGAUUUGAUGGAAACAUUUACAUCUAUGAUAUGAACCAAUCAAAUGACAGACUGAAUACUCAAAUAAACAAAUCAGCAAUUCCAGAUAGAAUUAAAGACACACAUCCAUCUGGAAUAGCCAUCAGAACUGACCAAUCAGAAUCUAAAUUAGAACUUGACCAAUCAGACUUAAGUUCUGAUGUCACAACUGAUCAAUUGGUAUUAAGUUUAAAUGCUACAACUGACCAGUCAUAUUCAAGUACAAAGGUCAAAUCACCAAGGAGACUGAGGUCAAAAUUCAAACAUGAAGGCCAUUGGAUGUGCAAUGAGGAAGAUGACUGUGUGAAAGUAUUACAUCAAACGUGGCACUCUGCACAUAAUGAUCUAGUAUUCUCAUGUGGAUCAGAUGGUUCAUUACAUGCUUGGAAACCUGAUUUUCAUUAAAAACAGAGAUUUCCUUUAAAAUUGGUUUUCCCUUGAAAAUAUUUUUCAAAGAAAUCAAAUAGAAUAGUCAAAGGUUAUAUACGUGAAUGUGUUUUACAUGAAUGUAAAAUAGAAUUGUUAAAAAAUAGAUUAAGAUAAUAAAAAAAUGAAGCUCAACGAGUUCAUUCAAAAUGGUUGCUAUAAGGACAUCCAAAGGCAAAUAUCAAAGCUUGUAUUCACGAUCCACGUGGCGAAUGCAACUACUGCUUAUGGGAUUGACCUAUUAAUUUUCAUAACUUUUGAAGCUGGAAUAAGAAACAGCCUGUCAGUCGACGAACAUUGAAUAGUGAUCACAUGAUACUUAUGUCACUUUACGAUCAAUUACCAAUGUGGUGAUGAAUAAGGGAACAGAUCGUAGGUUAUUGUUACAUGUACGUUCUGCUAAAUAGGCUGAUUAACCUGUUACUUAGAUCAGCAUACAAAGACAACCCCAUAGAUAGAUAUUUAAAUUUAAAACUGCCAGUGGAUUCAGAAUAUAUUCAUGAAUAACUGUGACAAAGUUUAGCUGAUUCUAUGCAAAAAUAUAGAUAUAUCUGGAAAAAUA